UUCUUAAAUUAUAAAAGUUAUUUAACAAAUAUUUCAGCAUUUUUAAGACAAGAUAAAAAAUACAUAAAAAUGUUAGGGAUUCUUUCGAUUUCUUCAUUUUCAAUAUUAUUUGGUUAUAAACUAAAUGAUUUAUUGCGCAAAAAUUUUUAUAAGAAUUAUGAUAAAAUUACAGAGACAGAUAUAGAUCAUGUUAAAAAAGAGAUUGAAAAUUAUAUUGAAUCCCAUCCUUUAACAAAAUCAUUACGAUCAAAAUCAUAUAUUUCUGAAACAAGACCUUAUUUAGAAAUUCCUUUAAAAUUCAAGUCAUUUAAUUUUAUAUCAGGUCUACUUUUUGGUAAAGGGAGAAUAUCAAUUGCUCCAUAUUGUUUUUAUGAUGAAAAAGAAAAGAUAAUUACAUUUAUUUUUCAUUUAGGAAAUCAAAUAUGUGGUUAUGAAAAUAUUGUUCAUGGAGGCCUUCUUGCAACGUUAAUAGAUGAAGGAUUUGCAAAAUGUUCAUAUUCAGUAGUUCCUAAUAAGCUAAGAUUUACUGCUAAUCUUAAUAUUAAUUAUAAGACACCUGCAAAAGCAAAUAAUUAUUAUGUUCUUAAAGCAAAAGUUACAAAAAUAGAGGGAAGAAAGACUUGGGUUGAAGGGAAUAUUGAAACAUUAAGUUCAUAUUCAUUAUUUUUAAAUAAAGAAACCAAACCUGUAAUUAUUGCAGAAGCAACUGCAUUAUUUAUUGAGCCUAAAAAUCCUUUAUUAAUUAAGAAAAAUAUAUCUGUUUAAUAAAUUUAGAUUAUAUUUUUAUUUAAU